AAAAUGAUUGCAUUUUCAAGACUUACCCUUUUCUAACCAGAUCUUGAAUCUUCGUUUUUUCCAUUAAAAUGUCAUAAAGUUUCAAUCUUUUUAACACCCAAGUGUCAGUUUUUUCAAGAAAAUGGAACACAAGCAUAUGCUCAUACUUAUUAUAGUACCAUGUUCAGUAACUGCUUUAAUUGUUUUGUUGUUAGUGAUCUAUUUAUGUACAAGGAAAAGAGGGGAAAUUGUUUCUAGGGAUGUUGAAGCUAAUUUUGAGGUAAAAGAAAGAGAUGGGGUUGAAAAAGAUUUGUUGAUCAAGUUUCAAGAUGGUGAAGAUCUUACUGUGUAUGAAAUCUUGGAUGCCCCUGGUGAAGUUAUUGGGAAAUCAAGUUAUGGAACUUUAUACAGGGCUAGUUUGCUGAGUAUUGAUAGACUUACAUUGUUGAGGUUCUUGAGACCAGCUUGUACUGUCACAAUGAAAGAAGUUGUGCCUGUAAUGGAGCUUUUGGGGUCUUUAAGGCAUCCUAAUUUGGUGCCUUUGUGUGCAUUUUAUGCAGGGCAAAGAGGAGAGAAACUGAUGGUACAUCCUUUUUAUCGUCAUGGUACUUUAGCUCAAUUGAUUAGAGACGGGAACGGUGAGGCUCAUAAAUGGCACAUCAUAUGUAGGAUCUCCAUUGGCAUUGCUCAAGGACUAGACUAUCUUCACACAGACUUAGAAAUUCCCAUAAUCCAUGGAAAUCUCAAGUCGAAUAAUAUACUUUUGGAUCGACACUUCAUGCCAUAUGUGUCCGAUUUUGGAUUGCAUCUUCUCUUGAAUCCAACUGCAGGCCAAGAAAUGCUUGAAGCUUCAGCAGCUCAGGGGUAUAAAGCCCCUGAAUUGAUCAAGAUGAGAGAAGUUAGCGAAGAAACUGAUAUUUACAGCCUUGGGGUUAUCUUGUUAGAGUUAUUAACAGGGAAAGAAACAUUCUACAGGAAACCAAAUUUUGAUAAGGAUAUUUAUUUGCCUAAUGCCAUUCAAAGUGCGAUUCUUGAUCAUAGAGUUGCGGAUUUUUAUCAUCCACAAAUUCUAGUUAGCCAAACUGAUGAUGGCCAAAGGGUGGUUAAUGAAGAUCAUGUCUAUGAAUUCCUUCAGCUUGCUGUGGCUUGUUGUUCUCCCUCACCUGCUCUUAGGCCUAAUAUAAAGCAGGUCCUCAGCAAGCUUGAAGAAAUUGGAAAGUAAAAUGGACAAUCUUUAUGCUUCUGCUCGAAGCAUGACGUGUUUCUGACUGACUUGAUCAAAUCGAUCGAUAUCAACAUACUUUAGGUCAUGAUAAGCAUGCUGAUACAACACACUGACUUUUUGUGAGGAAACUGUUUUUUGAGGACAUGUCUCAACUCCCUAAGUGCAAUCACAGCAAGAGAAUGUGGUGAAGCUUAUAUCAAUUGGCAAGAACUAUGAAGUUGGUGUUCAGUUUUUUGGCAAAGCAGAAGUUUUCACCUCAAGAAUCAGAAGCAA